AUGGGACAAGUUUGGAAUUACGCAAAUCAGCUGCUCUAUAAUCCUAUCCUCUCAUUCGUUAAAGUUUCCGUCCUUCUCUUCCUUCUUAGACUGGAGUCACGAUCCCCUGUCGUUCGCUAUAUGAUUUUUGGGACGAUGUACUUCACCAUUGUGCUCGGAAUAUCCAUCCUGAUCGCAGACAUCUUUCAAUGCACACCUGUAGCCUACGUUUACGAUACCAGCAUUGCAGGCGGACAUUGUUUCAAGCAGGGCGCUUUCUAUGUUGCCACCGCGACAAUGACUCUAUUUACGGAUUUGCUGGUCGUUGUUAUACCGAUGAUUAUUGUCUACUCCCUGCAGAUGCCUAUACGGAGAAAGCUCAUGGUUGUCGGUAUUUUGUGUCUUGGUCUAGUUGCCACUGGUGUGGGGGCCUGGCGUCUUGAUCAGCUCGUUGAAGCUUUUUUCCCCACUUCAGUAAACCUGGACUAUACCUACAGUAUCGGCUUUGUAUCGUCAGCCAUUGAGGUCAAUGUGGCCGUCAUUUCGGCAUGUUGUCCAGCACUGAAGGCACUAAUCACUCGCUUUGCGCCACGUUUUCUCGGUACGUCUGGUCGCGGUACAUAUGGCAAGUCAAGCAAUACCCGAUACGGCCACGGAACAUACAUUCGUUCGAACGUGGAUCCCAAUGACUCAUAUGAGCUUGGCCAGAAAAACUACCACAACAAACAACAGACUGAGAUUAGUGGUGGAAACAGCCAUGGCGGGCGUCUACCACCACGUUCAAAGACCGCCGAAAGUCUGAGUCUUAGUGAUGACGACGGGAUUAUUGCUGGCGCAAUGGGAAGCAUCGCCAUUGUCAAGACAACUAAUGUCUCGGUGCAGAGAGAUCGACGGGAUGAUCAUCCAGAAAAGGCAUCCAGUGUUGAUAGUCUAGUCUAG